AUGAAUUAUUCUAUGAUAAAUCAAUAUCAAUUAUAUAAUCGACAAAAUGUAACAUCUUUAACAACAACAGAAUAUUUAACAACAUCUCAUAAACCUACUCCAAAUAGAUCAUAUGGUCUUGCUUUUAAACUUCUUACAAUAUUUUCAAUUGUUUUUGUUUUUGGUAUGAUUAUUAUUCGUUUAUGUUUUAAAUUUUGUAGUUCAAAUCGUUCUUCAAAUGUUCUAUCAUCAAUUCAUGGUAUACCUGUUAUACGACCUCAAGUAUCUACUAUUGAAUUACCUUAUUAUAAACCAGAUUUACCACCAGCUUAUCCUGAAGCAAUAGCAAAUAUUGAUAAUGAUGAAACUAAAUUACCAUCAUAUGAUGAAUUACAAAAUGAACAAAAUGUACGUAGUACAAAUCCAACACAAACAUAA